CUUUUUUUUAGAAAAAAUAAAGUACUACCGUAGUUUCUAAUUUCAGUUUCAGGUUUCACUUGCGAAAACCAUACACUGAAAAACCCUCAAUUAGGGCUCAACUUCAUUGCUCUCUCUUUCUCUCUCUAGCCAAGACUCUAAAUGACAAAUAGGUGAAUUGAAAUUCAAUCAAUUUACAAUUUGGAGAGUUGGAAAUGAGUUUGCUUGUGAGAGCCAGUCACCAUUUAUGCAAUCGAUCUUUGGGUAAACAUAUAUACUCUCCUGUAACCCGACACUUUGCUCAAGCUGCAAAGGCCGAGAAUGACGAUGACGAAGAAGAGAUGAUAGACCAAAGAAGGCUUCCAACUGAUUACGACCCUUCGAAUUUUGACCCCACAGAGCACCGGAGUCCUCCAUCCGCUAGGGUCUGGAGGCUCGUUGAUGAAAUGGCUGGACUCACCCUCGCUGAAGCUGCAGAGCUCUCUCUCAUCAUGAGGAGGAGGUUGUCGAUGAAGGAGGAUGUAGUCGUUGGGGUCAUGAAACCGGGCGCUGGUGGGGUUGCUGGAGGGGCACCUAAGUCAGCAGCAGCUGCGAAGGAAGACAAGAAGCCUGAAAAGACAGCCUUUGAGCUGAAGAUUGAGUCUUUUGAUGCAGCUUCGAAGCUGAAGGUGAUCAAGGAGAUACGGAGCUUUACAGACUUGGGGCUGAAGGAGGCGAAGGAGUUGGUCGAGAAGGCACCGGCUGUGCUUAAGAAGGGAGUCUCGAAGCAAGAAGCAGAGCAAAUUAUUGAGAAGAUGAAAGCAGUUGGGGCAAAAGUUGUCAUGGAAUGAUCUUUUUGCUGUGGUGGUCUUGUUUUGCUCUUGAGACACUUUCUCCAAAUCCAGUUAUUGGGAUAUUGAGAAAAACAAUGCAUUUCCAUUGUUUGAUUUUGAUUUGGUAAUAACAAUGGCGGUUUCAUGCCCAAAUAGAUGUUCUUGCAUUGGAAUGUUGUUUUAGUUGUGAUUUCGGAAUGAAACUAGAGAGAUCCUUAUAUACUCUUUGUAUUCUUAGGAUUUCUUUGAUAAUUUGAAUUGAAACUAGAUGUAAUAUCGAGAAGCUUGGUUAAAUUA